CGAGCAUAAAGGUUUUUCGCCACUUUCUCACCCUGCUCGACAAUACAUAAGUUAGGAAAUAAAAAUGGCCGACUAAAACGCGAAGUGAGACUCAUUGACGGUAUAGACGGACAGUAACAUUGCCACCGACGCGUGUCAGGUACAGUUACGAGUCUAUAUAUGAGGUGCAACUGGGCUCGUCUGGUCAUUUAGAUGAAUAACCGUUGAGAUGAAACGUCAGCUUCUCGUUUUGGCCUUCGCUCUGGGGCUUGCGACCUCUGCAAACCUACCGGAAAUAACAACCUACGCCAAAGUGACCAAGAAUGGAGAAGAGACGAAUAAUACUCAGGGUGGAGUCGGCGGACCAUUAACAUGGCUGAUCAACACAUUAUCAAUGACCAACAAAACGAAAUCCGAAGUUUCGGAGGGGCGAAGUGGCUCCGACGUCAGCAUCACCGUUUCGCCUGUCUACGUUCCGCCAAGAAUUCCUCAACUGCACAAAGGGGAAGCCGUGGAUUAUCCAACCACAAAGAGGUAUUCAACUCUCGACGAGGAAAUGCUGGCACGUCUAGACUCUCAGGCGGGUCGAAACAGGGCCCAAGACAGGUUCCAUCCUCCAGCAAUAUUCGAGCACGAUAUUGCUCACGGAAACGCAAUGCGUACAAAGCCGAUGGCCAGUUCAUCGUCUUCUUCUUCUUCUUCUUCGUCUUCUUCCGGACCAUCCGGUUCAUCUUCACAGGACUCGGGCGCGUCCAGCAGCCCGGUUGCCACAGGACCGGGAUACUCUUCACCCAUAUUUCCGGGUAGUUAUGACUACAAACCCCCGAGUUACCUGGACGUCAAGCCAAUGACCAUGUCCAUGGACAGCUACUCACCCCCCGACUCGAUGCCCAAGGCUCCAAGUUCGUACGACUCGCCAUCGAUUCCGUAUGGACCACCAGCAGACUACCCUGACCACGACCACGACCAUGAUCAUGACCAUGACCAUGACCACCACGAGUCGGACCCUGAACUCAGCAGCGACAUUCACUCCUCGGACUUUGGUUCGGGUCCGAUAUACGGAGGUGCGGUACCGCCAAAGCCAGUGGACUAUGCAGGUCACUACGACCAUCCAUCGUUCGUGGAUGAUCCAUACAUCCACGAUCAUGACCACGGACACGACUUUCACCACGACAUAAUAUACGACCAUAUACCGGAUGACCACACGACACCGGAGCCAGAAAUGAUGGACCAGCGUCUGAACAAGCGACCAUACUCGUACUACUUCGUUGGUAAGAAGCUGUGGUACGUACCGCUCUACUUCAGCAUCUACUUCAUCAUCUACAUCGCCGCUCUUAUACUGAAGAGCAUCGCCAGGCACAAGAUCAACUUCCCACACGCUCUGGCUUCCGCCGUUCAAAGCAGAAGCAACGACUCCCCUGGGUGGCUCGACCUCACCGUAAAGGUACUCGAGGGCAUUGAGACGGCCAGGAAGAGCUUCGCCCAGAAGGCGUAGCGUCACUUGGAUUCAGUGUUCGGUUGAAUUACCCGUUUUGAGACUGUCGUAGGAAGGUUAGAACGAGGCCAUUCCUCUCGAUCUAACCUUCUCGUCACUCCAAUUGAGCCCCAUUGCGACCAAGUCUUGACACGGUCAAGAAUUAUUCGCAUCUCGGCUAUCUAGUGGAG